UCCUUUAUAACAAAGAUGGGAAUCCAAACAAGCGGAAUGUACAUAAUGAAACUGCUUUACAUUUGUUGUGUAUGGGACCACAUAUCAUGCUACCUGAAGCAGCCCUGCAGCCCCGCCUUACACGACCCAAUGAAGAUGAUGGCAAGAGAGCGGAAUGUCUUCAAUUGAUUCUUAAGUGGAAGGGUGCAAGGAUAGAUCAAGGCGAGUUCGAGAAGGCUGAAAGCAAUGCCACUGAUAACAAAAAGUUUACACCUUUGCACUAUGCUGCUGCCUCAGGGAUGAAAACAUGUGUAGAGCUUUUAGUUAAGUACGAUGCAGACCUGUUUGCAGAAAAUGAAAACCGAGACACUCCUUGUGACUGUGCGGAGAAACAGCAUCACAAGGAUCUUGCUCUCAGUCUCGAGUCACGCAUGGUAUUUUCACGAGAUCCAGAAGCUGAAGAAGUGGAAGCAGAGUACGCAGCGCUGGAUAGAAGAGAGCCAUAUGAGGGCCUAAGGCCACAGGACCUAAGGAGGCUGAAAGAUAUGCUGAUAGUGGAAACUGCAGACAUGCUUCAAGCCCCACUUUUUACUGCAGAGGCGCUGCUCCGAGCUCACGACUGGGAUCGAGAAAAACUACUUGAAGCCUGGAUGUUAAACCCUGAAGACUGUUGCCAACGUUCAGGCAUUCAGAUGCCAAUUCCACCACCUAGUGGAUGUAAUGCAUGGGACACUCUCCCCUCACCUCGAACCCCUCGCACCACCCGUUCCUCUGUCACAUCUCCAGAUGAUGUCAGUUUAUCUCCAACUGAUGAGGACACACUUGUGGUAUGUUAG